AUGCUUUCGAGAGUGGAUGACGCACGCACACGACAGUUCGCCCGUCGUGACCAACGAUGCCUACCGCGUGCUGCACAGCAGGCUGGAAGCAAACGCUGCGACAUACGCUGCAUCUACCGCUUGCCCUCCUCCUCCUCCUCCUCUCCGACCUGGACCCGGUUUCCUGACAGUGUCAAGGAGACCGAAGGUAAGAGAGGACACAGGUGGUUGAAACGGCGAAAAUCCGCACAUAGGCUUACCACUGCGUUUCUUGGUCCCCAACGCACACUUGACCGGGAUUUUAACACAAAAACAAGAGGAUAGGGACAUUGGCACAGGUCCCAACUCCUACGGCGUGGGUCUGCGUUUCACUACAGCUCAUCAUGCACCACCUGGUUACACCCUACACUUGACCAGGAUAUGCGUAUCACGACGGGUGCGGCACGGAUCGCACAUGCGGCUGAGAAGCCACGUAGUGAGGAGCCGAAGAAAACACUUCCCACUUGCAUGAGAGGUGCCGGUGGUAGGUGGAGACGGGGGAGUGCAUGUGUGAUGCAGGCGUUGGCGGGCAGAGUGUGGUGGUGGUGGUGGUGGUGGUGGUGGUGGUGGUGGUGGUGGUGGUGGUGGUGGCCAGGCCUGAAGUGGAUUGCAGCAGAGUUUGAAAAGUUACGUGUGGUCAAAUAAGUGAGAGAAUGUUUUUGAGCAGUGUGAAAGAUGGAAGCGGACGCGGCGACUGCAUAUCGGGAACCCAGGCACUGGUUCAGCAGUCUCCAUGAGAUGGAUUCUCAAAUGACCGACCAGGCCAAUGCGCAAGGCGAGGAUGCGGCGGAAGUGUGGACAGGAUAGGGGGGAGGUGCUGAGUUGUCAGAGGUUGUGCUUUUGUUACUGGUAACUGAGCUGGUGGGAGGGCUGGGGAGGGUAGUGUUGAUGGAUGUGCAAGGUGCGUAAAGUGCAUCGGCAUCGCAAUUGAUCCCAGUGUCAUUAAUGCUCAUGUGGCCGAAUGGACUCGAGCCGCGAGUGAAUGUGUGAGGGCAGUGUCGCCAGUGAAGGCGGAUGUGACGGGCGCCUUUCGGUGCCCCUGAUACCUGUUUGUCAGCCUCUGAAAUAGAUUCGCAAGCGACUGACCAGCCCGACGCAUGGGAUGAAUGUGCGAUCAGAACGAGGACAGCUGGGAUCGAGUUUCCAUUAUUAAUGGUGGUAUUGGCGACAAGGGUAUAUAUCGACAGGAAGACGGAUGUCUUUUCAUCGCCGAUGGGAGUGGAUGAGGGGGAGUGCGAGGGAGGCGGAUCAGAGUUGCUUUGUGCGGGGAUGCCAACACGGGUACUCUGGCUUGGUUUAGUCGGCCGGUUAAGGUGGUUACGGGGGAAACCACACGACAGUUCGACCGUAGUCGCUGACGAUGUCCACCGGGUGCUUCACGGCAAGGCGGAGCAGGGACGGUGACUUGUGCGUGAGUUAGUUUGUAGUGAUGGUGGGCUUACACAGCAUCUACCGCACUCUCCCUUCCUCCCAUACCUGGGCACGGUGUCAAGACAGUGUCAAGAAUGCAGGAGACGGGGGAUGGCGUAGGUGGAUGGUAUGGUUGAGCCCGCACCUUGGCGUUCCACUGCACACCCCCUGGUCCACACAACAAAUGACCAGGAUUUUAACCAACAACAACAAUGACGAGGAUUGCAGGGGUCCCAAUGAGCGUAGCUGUGUCGGCAACUGGGUCUGCAAUCAUAUCCUGAAACGUCGGCAUAUGUUUUGGUGCGCAUUCCGAUCACGCCGGCCAGAAUCUCAUAUGGUCAUCCUGUUUGUCCAGCGCAUCUGCCACGCGGGCCAGUUUGCGGCACAUACACACACACACUCGCUGAUGCUUGGUGUGGUGCGAGACGGCAUGGGAUUUUAUUUUUUAGGAUGCUGGCGAGUGAUGACGGAGAAAGUGAAAAUAGUAAGAGUUAAAGAAAGGGAUAUCCGAGCGAACCGUAGGUUGCUGUUCGCCCACUCCCGGACUGCGUGGCGUUUGGAAAUUUCCUCACAUUUAUGUCAAGUGACUUCAAGAGUGGAAUUCUCAUGAAUAGCCAAACUCGCAUUUUGCCAAACAAAACUAAUCGAGUUAAAACCAUUGGGGAUAGGAGUUGUCAAAAGCCGGUAAAUUUAGGUGGAAUCGCGGUCACACAUUAUUAAAAGGCGAAGUUUCGCCUCAACGUGCUUGCAUUAUUUCUGCAAAAUGAAAGCCAUUGCCCACGGCCUACAUGCAUGCGGGGCGAAGCGCUCGUGCUGAACCGCUGCGACUGGUUCCGAUCAUAUGUAGAAAACCAAGCCACGACCGACUGCCGCCCCCUGUAACCGAUUCAGCAAGAAGCUUUUCGUAAUUUGUUCUCGUGGGCAGCGGUCCCAAUAUGGUGUGGCAGAGGUGUGGUGGGAAGGUCCAACGACAAUACAGGUUUCAUGGAAUUCCUGAAGAAUUUCAACACUUGAUCUGUUAGUAACUGCCAUUACUGCCAAGAAAGCUUUAAAUGAGCAGGGUAUCCCUCGCGAAUUACAACUGCCCGGUGCUGACAUCAGAUGAGGAGAUGGAAAUGACCUCCAUUCCCAAUGGCAGCAUACGGAAAAGUAUACACGGAAGUACGCCACCCUAUUGGUUGGAAUAUACCACCGGGUACGUCAUUCACGCAAUACUUCAUGAACCUAUCCUUUUUUCUACAGUUCUUCGCGGCCUAUUGUUGUGAACGACGCUUUUCAUAUCUGGCAAGAACUAAAGGCAGCAGAAAGGUUUCUUUCUGUUUCGUGCUUCCUAGAUAUUUCAUUAUCAUAUUUUAAACGAAUUAUCUACUAAUUGGUAAGAAAGGCGCUGCCUGUAGUUAAUUUCCGAAGACAUUCAUUUUACACGGAAAGCUCGUUGUGGCGCCCGAAAACCCCGUGAUCUCUAUUUAUUUGCAUGUCUGCAUGCUUUACUGGUUGGAAAUUUCACAGUUUUCUUGAGCAACCCUUAGUCCCACUGGCGAUAACGAAGGCACCUUUUUAAGUCCAGGUGCACUGAUUGGUCGAAAAAAGGACAUGCAUUUCCUGACAGCCCCUUGUAACAACUCGUCCAUCAAUAUUAUCGAAAAGCUGACAAUAUCGGUCUCCAGGUAGGUGGUCGUGUUGCGACGAUAGCUUAAAAAAUACUGCACUUCAUGUGCGCCCGGUACCCUUCCACUUGUCGUAGACGCAUCAAAUUUUGUAGCCUACCGGACGAUGGACCAGAGAGCAAGCGUCUGAACGGCCGUUGGUCUGUCCGGUAUGGGCAAAGUAUGCAUGACAACAUAACGGUUCUAAAAAAGGAAACAAAUUAGUAUGGAAACGGGUGGGCGGCACUGGUACCAGUCAUCGGAGCCCGAAAGACGGGCAUACGCGCGAACUGACUAAGACACGUCGGGGCGCGCGCCCACGCAUUCGCUCCCACCCAUGUCUCUCACAAAUUCUCGUCCCAGCUUACCAGCCAUCUUCUUCUGAUUCUUUUUUUUUUCACAAGAUUUUCAAGAGAACUAAACCAACUGAGCAGGAGUGAAAGUCUGCAAACAGGCGACCUCAAAAUUAGUAUUUUUGUAUUAACUGACGGACGAGGAUUGGCGUGGCAGAACACAGUAAUGCGAAGCGUUGCUGACGAUGAUGAGGCUGCCAAUGGGUAACCAUUUCUAACUGAUUUUCCGUUGUCAGUCACUGCCAGCUGCGCACUUUUAGUGACCUCUGCCCUCACCAGUAACCCUUUUCCAUUACGGAUCGCCUGUCACUGUUCGUACCCAUGUGGGUUCUAAGGUAGAACCUCAAAAGCUAAUAUGUCUGACUAUUUUCGCGUCCCCAAUCAGGACACGCCUGUGAACGAAUUGCCUUUGUUUCGACAGGAUUUGCUGCAAGGGCCUCCAAAUCUUUCACGGUGUGUCUAACUUGCGAGUUUGUAUGCAUCAGGUGUAUAAAGUAUACUGAAACCAUGACGUGUUCUUAGAACUAGUAAUGCUGACGUAGUCGGGACUACAGAGUAAAGUAAGAACGAUAAUGGGCGAAAAACAUGUGAUGUCAUACAAUGGGGAUGCUGAAUAGGAAUAUGUCUAGACGUAUAUGUUGUUCUCAGUCGCAAAACUCACAGCGCAAAAUUCAUAUUCUUAAGUUACUUACUUUUAACCUUUAUUAAGAGUUAUUUGCUUUACUUGAAAGCACGGCCAAAUGCCCAUUUCGUGCACACUGUUUUAGAUAAUUUCAUCUACUUGAGAUAAGGGAUUUUAAACAAGAUAACGUGGUAUCCUGACAUACUUCCUUUAGGCGUUUACAUGAAACCUGAUGUACGAAGGUCCGUUUGACCUGCUUGCACUUUAUGCCGAUUGCCUUUUACUUCCGAUUUAUGUAGAAAUAACAUCCUAAUUUCCAGAGAUUACGCGUAGCAGUUAGUGUGUAAACUUGAAGCACACGUAAACUGUAGAUCUCAUUCUAAGCGUUACUGCUUAUCACGCAUACUACACAUUAACAUAUUUGCACCCUGCAGUGUAUGUUUUGAGGAGACACUUUAGCUAAACCGGACUCUAAAGAACGAACUGUCUGUUGAAAACAAGCUCGACUUCACCUAAAAAUAGAGUGGCAUUAAGAACUUAAUGUGUUUAUGCAUAAGAUUACCGCUAAGGGCCCGAAAAUAUUAUUGACAUAAAUCGAUUAUCAGGAUUAUACAAAUAAACAUCAAGUACGUGACCUAUGUCAUGAAACCUAAUAACGGAAAUUAAUUUAAGAAUUUCCGGACGUCUUUAUUUAUGCGCAUUUUACGUGCUCAUCCAGCCUCUCCAAUAAAGUGUCCUUUUGAGGAAGUUCGUGUCGGCGAACGUACGUUUUUAGAUUAUUCUCUGUCAGGCCAGAACACUAAUAUAGGUCUAGUUAGACCAGCGAAAUCUGAGAAGUAAAGCAACUUAUGAACAGUAGUCAUGACUUGUGGUAAAUGUGUUCAGACCUGUAGGGGCGGCGGAAGAGUUAUAGUCUAAUUUCUGUCAAUGGUACGGGAAGGGGGAAGAGGUAGGGUAGUCUGACUGAGUUGUGCUUUUGUUUCAUCGUUGUGGCUCGACGUGCGAUGGUGCGGGUCGGAACUUUCAUGGCUCAGCUUUGACCAGGGUAGUAGGGGGCAUUAAUGAAGGCCUUCUGCGAGCACAAGGCUAGAUUCGUUAGUCAUAUGGCUACUGCCUCCGCUGUCACAAGUAUCCCUUGACGUAGGGAUUUGGAGCGUCUUGCCGGCGUCUUGACGUCUACCUGGUAGCCGGAGUCAACCAAGUGGGCCACAAAGGCGCUAGAAAUGGACUUUUCCCGCCCUGAUAUAGCCAGGCAGGAUGGUGUUCUCGCAUCCGCAUGGGUAGGCGCCUUGCUGUUCGACCAAUAUAACCUGCUCCACAACAGCAAAUGGACAAGUACACGGAGGAGGUCUGAAACUGUAGCUUAUCCUUGCCUCCAAGGCGGAGAAGUGGGCUGCUGGAGAAAAGUAGUCUUAUUCUAACGGCAGGGUACGUGCGGGCAAUAGAGGAGUUUAGAUUACGUUGUAGAAGGUCACAGGUCGGAUCUCCUAAAAAUGGCAAAGUGAGAAACAAUUCUUAUCCACCAUCGGUAAAUGCGAUUUUGGUGAAUGAUCUUCCAUAUAUCUGCCGAUAAACUUGUCGGAGGAACCAUUUUCUCUCAGCGUGUUUCGUAUGAAGGCGAGUUCAUUCUCAAGUGUAUCCGGAGUUCAAAUUCACCUAGCUUCGUUGCCUAGGCAAAGAAUUAAGUCUCGUUUCUGACUUAGAGGAAAAAAGCUGUAGAAGUUUACAUACUGGCUUGUCCAUGUUUUCUUGCGAUAUACACUUCUAAUAAUUGUUCCAUCAGGUAUUCUGCUAAGAAGGACGUCAAGAAAUGGCAGAAAUUCUCCCUCACCACAGCCCGUCGCGCCACAGCGAUAAAGCAUAAGCACAACUCAGUCAGACUACCCUACAUCUUCCCCCCCCCUCUCCCUCUAUAAUUAUCCGGCCACCGUACAGGUUUGGACACACUGACCACAAAUUAUGAAUGCUGUUCAUAAGUUCGUUUUACAUCUCAGAUUUUGCUAAUCUAACUAGACCUAUAUUAAUGUACUGGCCUGACAAGGAAUAGUCUAAAAACGUACGUUCGCCAACUUGAACUUUUCAGUGUUUAAAUGGACAUCAUCACAGAAAAAUGGCCUUUUCUUGUGCAUAAAUUGUGUUAACGUAGUUAUAUCCAGCAAAAUAUUAAUAAAUUUUAGCGAAAAUGCAUACGUUGCAAUAUAUACGUGCGAUUCCCUAUGUUAAUACCUGUCCUAGACUUCGGUUGAGCAUUUGAGCUUGUUUCACAUUGAAAAAAGAGUAAUUUACUCACGAGAGAUUUAAUAAAUAGCGGUUGCCGGGCUUGAAACGUUAUUUUAUGUCCGGUGUUAACCUUGGUAAUCAACUUGCUAACACAAAGGUUAUUUUAAGAUAACCAGAUGUUUUGUCGAUUUCUAGGAGUCAUAGUAGCAGAUCCGUGCAAAUAGGUGCUUUGAAGUGUAGUAAUAGCGCAGACAGGGAUGAAAUUGUUUUGUCGUAUAGAAAAAUGUACGUGAUGUUAUCUAAAUAACCACCACUGCAUGGUCAUUUCCAGUUUUGAACAUGUAAAACAUUAUUUUUCGUGUAGUCAAGUUUCCGCUCAUAACCCUUUCAGAAAUGGAACGAGCCAAACAUUAAUAAUAUAAGCCAAAUAUUUGUGUUUAUAUGGGCACCCUACUUUGCAUUCAUAAUUGAAACUCGGGAUCUAAAAGCGAACAAAAACAGUGCAAAUGGCCGCAAUAUAUAAGGAAAUGCAUGUUCUUCCGUUUACGAUAACAAAUAUUAGUAUUACUUAGAGACUUUAAAAAAAUCGGCCAAAAGUUUUAAAUAUUUUCUUGGCUUGGCCGUGCAAAAAUGCAAUGUACACAGAGAUCCGCCAACAGAAUCCAGUAGUAAAGCAAUUCUCAAAGAGGUAACCUACUAGAGAGCGUUUUAAAAUUGAUCAUAGGCAUAUUCGUUGUGGACGGCUGUGUUAUUCGAAAAUGAAGUUUCGUAUUUGAACGAGUCCUGGAAUAUGGCCUAAACAACCUUCUUCAUGAAAAGAAACGUCCAAAAACGCAACAGUUCGGUAAAUUUCUUCGAGAAGUAUCUUAUUUUACAAAUUUAAACAGAGAUAUAAUACACAAUCUGUCUUUAUAGACGAUUGAGUGAAAACACUGAAGACCAUGAAGCAUUCAGCAAUAUUUCAAAAACGAUCUGAAACUCAACGUAAUCCAAAGCAAACGAAAAGUUUAAAUCUAUUUAGCGGAAGAAAAUUUCUCUCUCUAAACACCAAAUAGUUUGUUUACGAUCACGCCUGUCAGUUCUAUUAAAAUUUAUUCGUCACCGCUCGGCCUGGCGGCAUGUAAGUCUAUGAAAACAUUUGUUCCUAUGACGUCCACAUUGGUGAAAUCAAACAAAUCCCGUUCCUCUUGCUGAACCGCACCUCAUUUAAUUCAAGCGAUCACGAAUACCACGAAUUCCUGAAAGACUGUUUCGAUAUCCAUACCCAAAAUGUAGGCUGUUGACAAACCACCAUAUGUGAACUUACACUAAUUCAUAAAGGAUAUUUAGAUGUUAACUUCACCGAACUACUAUCUUUAGACGUCAAUUUAUUUGUGGUUUCAUAUUUACUACGCUUUUUGCAUGAGAAAUAGUCUAUACAUUUAAAAACGAAGUUUACUAGAUUAAAAUCAUUUUUGACGUUUUAGGAAUAUUACACUUUUCUAAAAAAUCGUCAUUUCAAAGCAACGCAACGCUGUCUUUAAUAAUUUUAAGUUUAAAAUUCCUUCAAGGUCGUAUUUAAUAAACAUAGAUAUUGGAUCGAUUAACUGGUAUCGGUUUGCGAGUGAUUGACAAUCAUUUGUAAGUUUCGACACAUUUCUUGAGUUAGGUCACAAUCAGUACUUUCUCCUAAGUAUUGUCUUUUCACUAAAUUAAUGUAUCAAAUUCGAAAGAAGAAAGUGCGAUUGCUCAAACAAUAGGUUUCUUGGCUUGAAGUUUCAGAUUCACGUUAAAAUACAUCGUCAGAGACAGGCGCAGAAACGAGCAAAGGAAAUACAGUGUGCAACAUUUACAGAAUGCAGUUGACCAGCAAUCACAUCCUACAAUAAUUAGCAGUACUCCUGCUCACCGCUGGAGACCAUAUUUGAUGCAAUAAUUGCUUGUCGGUCCGUACUCGAGUUGUAAGUAGUGGGGAUUUCAUCACCGUUGUUGACCCUUCGCGUGACGAUGACUCCGCAGUGGGGCUCACUGUCAUCGGAAUUGUCAGCUGCCCGUGCCCUUCCCGCAUGGCUAACUAUUUUGCCCAGGCAAAAUGGCAACACAGAAUAUGGAGGUGGAAGAUCAUUGCGCUUGUUAAUUGAAUGCGGGCCGGAGAACCAUGACUCAGGCAGCUCGCGCCUAACGCGGUUGUCAUCUCUUAAGAGAACUUCGACCUCAUCAAACUCGAAGGUGUGGCCGGGUCCCGUCGAAUGGUCCGCGAUCUGAAAACUGGCGUAAUUCUUCCUCACUGUUGCUGCAUGCUCGACUAUUGGCGUUUGGAGUACUCUUUCAGUUUCCCCGACGAAGUUGCAUUGUGCGCAACUGCGUCCGAUCUGGACGCUCCCGCGCUCUUCGCACGCAGUCGAGUUGCUGACUGCCGGAUUUCGUCAUCCGUGUGGACUCUUGAGUAAUUUGCUUCGCCGAAGUCGACACCAGGAACUGUGGUCAUUCGCACGAUCUUAGCGAGGUUAACAACUUUUCCUGGGUAAAGUCCCAGCACCGAAUAUGGAGCGAGAGGGUCGUUGCGCUUGUUGACUGAUUGAGAACCAGCAAACCAUAGCUCAAGCAGUUUGCGACUCACACGGUUGUCGUCUCUUGCGAGAAUUCGGCUUCGCCGAAUUUGAAUGUGGGAUUGAGUCCCGUCGAAUGAACCGCGACUUGGGAGCUGACGUCGUUCCUCCACACUGCUGCUGCGUGCUCAGCCUCCCGCAUACGGAUUACUCCUAUUGUUUCUCUGCCAUUAGUUGUUUCGUCCGCAAACUUACCAGACCCGGUAAACGACCCCAAUGUCUUUAGCCGUGACAGUGGCCUUUCGGAAUCAUGAUCUGGGGCAUUUAUGGUGUAUUUAAAGAGGAAAUUUUUUCAUCCGGAAAAAAAAUACACCUCGAUGCAAAAAAAUGAACACCAACACCUUUUUUCUGCAUCUCCCACAGGGAGCCUAAGCGUUGCUGUCAGCGAUGAUAGGGACUCAAUUAUGAUAAGUUAUCUACACCGGUGAAGAGCCAACUCUGGUUGCGUGCAGUUCGCUCCAUGCGCUCCUGAUCUGUAUAAUUUUGGAUCUAGUCGAUAAAACGUGCUUAUCUGCCCCCAGGUUUCUGGACUACCCGUGUGAUUGCAUAUCACUGAAAGAGUAGAUUAUGAACCCUAUUAUAGUUCCCUGAUUUGUGCACGCCGAUUUACACCGUAGUCCGAAACCAGGCUCCCUUAGUGGGGCUUUCGAAGCAGUCUCCUCUAUUAGGGCUUACCAGACUAUAAUAACAAUCCAAAAUGAAUCAGUUUUCACUUCAUAAACUGAAAAGAGCUUUAUUUGACCGCUUUCACUUGUUGAAGAAGUGCACCUGAAGGUUGCUGUCCUUAGCUGGUAACUGAACAUGUAGAAACGUGAUACACUCCCAAAGGCAAGGCUGGGCUAGGUUCUUACAACAGCAGUUAAGGUAAUGCUUUCGGUUUAGCUGUUGGGAUUUCCAAACAGAGGUCUAUAUUUGGUUCUCUUAUCAGCGCACUAACAGAACUUACCAACGUGAAGCGCCUGACCCCUUUUAGUCGCGUAAAAGUACUUUGACUGGCACGAUUUAAUUUCUGGAAGUGACUAAAGAGCACGAAGUUAGGUGACCUGCAGAACAGACAGUUGUUCUACAUGGGUGUUGGGAGUGUAGGAGUGACAGAUUGCUCCAUGUUUCUCGUAUGGGUGGUGGCUGCUUGGCACGGACCUUAACUGGAAAUAAAACAUAAUCUGUGGCUCCCCGCAGAUAAGUUCUGUCUAGCGGCCACACCCCGGUAAGUGCCUCCACCAGCGAGCUAAACCAAAUGAGGGCAUCUGGUGUGUGUCCACGCACCCAGUUAUCCUAUUUCCUGUCCAUUCCUUUCCUCCUCCACUUUAAAAAAGUCAUAUGCAAUAUGCAAUCCCGAAGGCGGGCCAGGAUAACUAGGGUCGUCCCUAAACUACACAAAGCUGUGACGCAUAGUGGGAUUUGGCAGUCGAAUGGGAUGUCUAAGCAGUUAUAUUUAGGGAUACCAUUAUACACCCCUCGCCGGGAGUAAGUUUGGAAAGAUCGUUUACAAGCUAACUGUGGCUCGUAAACGCAAAACUCGCGUUCGAAACACGAUAUGAAAUCAAGCAUCCCCUCUCCAUUUCUGCAUUCCACCCCAAAAUUUGCUUGAGUGACUCUGCUUACUCUGACAGCCUGGAAUAAUCGUUCUCUUUUAGGCAAUUUCCUGAGUAACCGACCCGAAAGGGACGCAGUGCUGGUUUUUUGAGAACUGGCGCGCUAAAAGGCGGACGUGGUAGCUUCCAAUGAGGCCCGAUUCUCCCAACAGGGUCCAUGAAAGGAAGGCGGUGUCGGCUACACCACAAAAGGGCAGAGCGACGUGACGCUGUUGUCGCCCUUAUCAUCAGCAAUUACCUCGUAGGUCGGCUGCCCUGUUUGCAACAGGACAUCUACCCUUUUGGCUAAGCAGAUUCGUCGGCAUUAUCAGUUUCUACGACUAUUCCUCCAAUGAUCAGCCUCGAUGGGUUGACUACCUAAUUCUAGGAAGGUCUGUAAGUCCCCCUGGUGGUUAUAGCGAAGGCGGACAAUCUGAAUGUCCUCGGUGACGUCGAUGCCUCCGUCAGAACAGAUCAUGAUGCCUGCGAGGGGAUGUUGGUUCAUCAGGGGAUCGGCGGAUAUAAAACAACGUCCUCCUCUUUCUGCGAACCUGCACAAAGCAUCAUCUUCCCCUAACCAACAAAACACAGUAUUAAAAGCCCCUUGCAUUGUCUGGGACGGAAUUUUCGAUAACGAUGAACCAAAAGUAGUCAGGCUGAUUCACGCCCCGGUUGCUAGUGUCAUCAGAAUUACUCUAACAGCUUAAGAUGUUCGGCGUCUUUUAAACAAUCCGCGGAGUAACCGACCGGAAAGAAGGACAGCGCUAGUUGCUCGAGGACUGACGCGCUGCAAUGUGAACAUCGCUGCUUUCAGCGAGACUCCCUCCUGAAAACAGGACAUCUGGCGAUAGUGGACUCCGGUUGCGCUUUCUUCUGAAGAGUCGCCCGAAGACGGAGGGACACGACCUGGCGUGACCUCUCCCUCUCGGAACGACAUCGCGGGCGACUUCCCUGUCUGCCACAAAUCCCCAGCGACCGUCUCACGACUUCGGGAAGCCAGUUUGGUCACCAUCGUCGGCGCCAAAUGACUAAUUGCAACGAGAUGAGGAACAAGUUCUACGAAGACCUACAUUCCAUCCUGGCGACUGUGUCGACGGUUGGCAAGCUAGUUUUCCUUGAUGACUUCAAUGAGCGCGCCGGGAUAGACGGCGCUGUCUGGAGGGGAGUAUUGGGUCCAAAAGGAAUUGACGGCUGCAACGACAACGGCCUCAUUCUCUUGCGAACCUGCGCAGAACACCGUCUCCUCCUAACCAACACUCUCUUCCGCCUGCCGAUGCGGAAGAAGACGAUCUGGAUGCACCCAUGA